GAGAUGCACGGGUGAGAGGUCAGACAGGGGUUCUCUCCGAGCGCCGUGGCUCCUUCCCAUUUAUAGACUUCUGUCUUCUUAACAAUACUACACUCUCAGGGGAAAUCGGCACCAAGAAAAAAGUGAAAAGACUGUUAAGUUUCCAGAGGUAUUUCCAUGCAUCCCGGUUACUGCGUGGAAUUGUACCACAAGCCUCUCUGUACUUACUGGAUGAAGACUACCUUGGGCAAGCAAGACAUAUGCUAUCCAAAGUGGGAAUGUGGGAUUUUGACAUUUUCUUGUUUGACCGCUUGACAAAUGGUAACAGCCUUGUAACUCUGCUUUGUCAUCUCUUCAAUGUGCAUGGACUUAUUCACCAUUUCCAGUUAGAUGUGGUUACUUUACACAGGUUUUUAGUUAUGGUUCAAGAAGACUACCAUAGCCAAAACCCAUACCACAAUGCUGUCCAUGCUGCUGAUGUCACACAAGCUAUGCACUGCUAUCUGAGGGAGCCCAAGCUUGCCAACUUCCUCACCCCAUCGGACAUCAUGCUCGGACUGCUCGCUGCUGCAGCUCAUGAUGUGGAUCAUCCGGGAGUCAACCAACCCUUUCUGAUCAAAACUAAACACCACCUUGCCAGCCUGUACCAGAACGUUUCAGUGCUGGAAAAUCAUCACUGGCGGUCUACGAUAGGCAUGCUUCGAGAGUCACGCCUCCUCGCGCAUCUGCCCAAGGAGGUGACACAGGACAUCGAGCAGCAGUUGGGCUCCCUGAUCUUGGCAACAGACAUCAAUAGGCAGAAUGAGUUCUUGAUCCGUCUGAAAUCUCACCUUGACAAUCAAGAUUUGAGGCUGGAGAAUGCACAAGACAGACAUUUUAUGCUUCAGAUUGCACUCAAGUGCGCUGACAUUUGCAACCCUUGCCGGCUCUGGGAUCUGAGCAAACAGUGGAGCGAGCGGGUCUGCGAAGAGUUUUACCGGCAAGGUGACCUGGAACAAAAAUUGCAACUGGAAAUAAGCCCACUUUGUAAUCAGCAGAAGGAUACAGUACCAAGCAUACAGAUCGGGUUCAUGACGUACAUCGUAGAGCCACUCUUUGAGAGGUGGGCCCAGUUUACAGGCGACACCCCCCUAUCUGAAAAUAUGCUAAACCAUCUCAGGAGGAACAAGGCCAAGUGGAGGAGUUUGCUCCACAAGCAACACAGCAGUAGUAGGAGCAAUGUCCACUCAGGUCAAGUGACUGGCAGCCAAGAACAGAAUUUAAAUAAGGAAGAGACUCCUUAGUGGCAGCUUUGCACUUUUCCUUAUAGCACUGCUAUCUCCAUCUUGUUCACAGCAGCAAACAAAGUCCCGGGGAGCUCGGAGCCUGUUGUCAAGACUGUGGAAAGGGAAGAAAUGGCAAAGCGGAAGCUGUAAGGGUCCUCACGAACAACCCUGCAGUUCUGCCGGGUUCUUUUCUGGAUCUCCUUCACGUUCCUCUCCCCUGUCUUCAUUCUGCGCAUGCCUGAUGCCGUUCAUCACUUCUGACCUGCCUGAACGCGGGGUCCCAGUCAGCAGUCCCGAAGCCGGGCUGGUUACGGCUCCCAUGAAGCAGGGAGGACUACUGAGAGAACAGAGGAGAUGGAGGCGCUCUUGGUUACCAGUUCAUUUACCGUCAGUCAUACUGUGACAUAUGUAUAUAGGCCCAGAGCGCCAUGCGCUUUCCAGGCGGGCAGCUGGGCUGCACAUGAAACCACCAGCAUCUUCAGCAUCCAGAGGACAGUGCCUGAGUGAGACAGCGCUCGCAGAAGGCAGAGAGGAGAGUCUGGUUAUUUUAGUACUUAA